CCCACCUGCCCUCAGGUUCAGACGCAGCCUGGCAGGCAACUGAAGACCAAUGAAGAGCCCAGCCCCUGCCCACAUGUGGAGCAUUGUGCUGGUCCUGCCCGCACUGCUGGCCGUGCUUCAGACCACCACUGCCAGGAAGAAUGGCAUCGAUAUCUACAGCCUCACAGUGGACUCCCAGGUGUCUUCCCGGUUUGCCCAUACUGUGGUUACCAGUCGGGUGGUCAACAGAGCCGACUCUGCUCAAGAAGCUACCUUCCAAAUAGAGCUACCCAGGAAAGCCUUCAUCACCAACUUCUCCAUGGUCAUCGAUGGUGUGACUUACCCAGGGAUUGUCCAAGACAAGGCUGCAGCCCAGGAGCAGUACAGUGCAGCAGUGAGCCGCGGGGAGAGCGCUGGCCUCGUCAAGACCGCUGGGAGACAGACAGAGCAGUUUGAAGUGUCAGUCACCGUGGCCCCUAAUGCCAAGAUUACCUUCGAACUGGUCUACCAGGAGCUGCUCAGGCGGCGACUCGGAACGUACGAACUACUCCUCAAAGUGAAGCCACAGCAGCUGGUCAAGCACCUUCAGAUGUGUAUCCACAUCUUCGAGCCUCAGGGUAUCAGAUUGCUGGAGACAGAGAGUACCUUCAUGACCCAGGAGCUGGCAGACGCCCUGACCACCUCACAGAACAAGACCAAGGCACAUAUCCGGUUCAAGCCAACACUCUCCCAGCAACAGCAGUCUCAAAACGAGCACGACGUCGUCCUGGAUGGGAACUUCAUUGUCCGCUAUGACGUGGACCGGUCUGUCUCUGGGGGCUCCAUUCAGAUCGAGAACGGCUACUUCGUGCACCACUUUGCCCCCGAGGACCUCCCGACAAUGCCCAAGAAUGUGAUCUUCGUCAUCGACAAAAGCGGAUCUAUGUCAGGCAGGAAAAUCCAGCAGACUCGAGAAGCCCUAAUCAAGAUCUUGAAUGACCUCAGCCCCAAAGAUCAGUUCAACCUCAUUGAGUUCAGCUGGAAAGCCACCCAGUGGACACCAUCGCUGGUGGAAGCCACAGAAGAGAACUUGAAAAGGGCCACAGAGUAUGCUUCCAAGAUCCGUGCUCACGGAGGGACCAACAUCAACGACGCUAUGCUCCUGGCUGUGAAGCUGCUAGACAGCAGCAACCAGGCUGAGCUGCUGCCCGGGGGGAGUGUCUCCCUGGUCAUCCUGCUCACGGACGGCGAGCCCACUGAGGGGGAAACCAACCCCGAUAGCAUCCGGAGGAAUGUCCAAGAAGCCGUCAACGGCCAGUACAGCGUCUUCUGCCUGGGUUUCGGCUUUGAUGUCCACUACCCUUUCCUGGAGAAGCUGGCACAGGACAACGGUGGCCUGGCCCGGCGCAUCUACGAGGAUUCAGACUCUGCACUGCAGCUCCAGGACUUCUACCAUGAAGUAGCCAACCCGCUGCUGUUGUCGGUGGCUUUUGAAUACCCUGAAGACGCCGUGGAGGUGGUCACGCAGGACAACUUCCGACACCACUUUAAGGGCUCGGAGAUGGUGGUGGCGGGGAAGCUCCAGGACCAGGGUCUUGAUGUCCUCUCAGCCAAAGUCAGUGGGCAGAUGCAUAAGCAGAACAUCACCUUCCAAACGGAGGUCAGCGUGGCCCAAAAGGAGAAGGAGUUCCAGAGCCCCAAGUACAUCUUUCACAACUUCAUGGAGAGACUCUGGGCACUGCUAACCAUACACCAACAGCUGGAGCAGAUGGUCUCGGCAUCAGGUGAUGAGUUAAAGGCCCUUGAAUCGCAAGCUCUGAACUUGUCACUCAAAUACAAUUUCGUCACUCCUCUUACACACAUGGUGGUCACCAAACCUGAAGGCCAAGAACAAUUCCAAGUUGCUGGGAAGCCCGUGGAAGCUGAUAAUGGACUAAGGGAUAUCUUAAGAGUUCAAGGCCACUUUUCCAAGUCUCAUGCCGGAAGAUCUAGACUUCACAAGCCAACAGGAGCCAGGUUCCACCUGGACCCCAGACUGGAUGGUGGUGUCACUGCACUUAGACAACACAUUUUUCCCGGACUUCAUGGAUCCCCCGGUGACCCCAACCUGCCUCGUUUGAUGGGAAGGAUGCCAGCCCCGCCACCCUUUUCAACGGGAGCGCCUGUGGUUUCAAGUCAAGCUGCGUCACAGAGCACGAAGGAAAGAGACAAAGGAAGGAGCUACCUGAACCCAGGCUUUUCCUACCUUUUAGAAAGCACCACUCCUGAUGACCUCCCGCACCCAGCCGACUUCCAACAGUUUCCUAUCAUCCUGCCACUUCCUGGAUCCAGUGUGGACCAGCUCUGCGUGGAUGUACAUUCUAGGGAGGGCAUGAAGCUGUUCGAAGACCCUGAGCAGGGGCUUCAGGUGUUUGGUGAUUAUGAGAAUGGCGGGUUCUCAUCGAUCAAGGUGAACAUCCAGGAGCCUCACCUGCAUAUCCAUGCAACCCCUGAACGCUUGGUGAUGAGGCGGGACCGAAAAAGCUCUGAGUACAAAUGGAAGCAGACAUUGUUCGUUGUAUUACCUGGCUUGAAGAUAACCAUGGACAAGAUGGGACUCCUACAGCUCAGUGGCGCAGACAGAGUGGGCAUUGCCCUCGUGCCCAUGAACGAGCCCCAGAAGGGACUGAUGCUCCAAGUGCAGGACACGCAACACUUCUCCAACCGCACCGAUGGGGAUCUCGGACGGUUUUACCAGGAUAUCGUCUGGGAUCCACCAGUUGGACCGGACGACACAACACGGACACUCAGAGUUCAGGGAACAGAGUACUCGGCUACCAGACAGCUCAAACGGAAAUACCAAGGAGGGUCCAAGGGAACAGACAUUUCCUGCUGGACCGUGAAGAUCUAGCUGUUAGGAACAGUGUUCCCUGCUGCCAUUGUAUGCGGACAUUUGCGAACAGGGCCACCCACCGGCGAGGCCUAGAUCUCAAUGGAGAAGAGGAGUCUCACUUGUCGCAAAUAAAGGAGGGCGAUUUGAA